AUGCUGAGGAAUCUUGUGAGAUUACACAGUCGUGUGGGGCAUGCCCUCUCUCCCCCCACUGUCUGCCCAAGAAGUCAAGCUCUCAAGCUGCUGCUCUCGGUGAACUCAAAAUCUUACUCCAUUAUCACAGGUAAGAGGUGCACCAUUUGAUCACCCUUUUCAUCAAAUAUCAAGGCUCUCAAGAGUUUGCUGGUUUACAGUGAUCCUGGCUAUAUGCACCAUGGAGGUUGCACAGUUCUUGUCAUGUUGAGUUUGUUAUGCUCUCAUCAAUAGAAAGAAAGAAAUUCUACGAGGACGUCAGCAUAUCCCACGGAGAGGGUGAGUACUGGACCGGGCAAGUGAGAUACUUUCUUUCUUGAUUGAAAUAAGUGUCUGAGUGCUAACAAUUCAAGAACUCACUAACGUUACCUUGAUUCUUGGUCUGCAGGUGGCAUGUUUGAGAUCAACCUGGACCAGCGGAAACUGAAGACACCAGGAGGAAAGCUGUUCACAGCCCCCAACGAAGCCUUAGCCAUUGCCGUGGCGAAUGAGUGGGAUACUCAGAAAGACGUGCUCAAGUUCUACAGUAUGCAUAUGGUAGGACCUUUUUAGCUUAGUACUUUUGUUUGAUGCUUCAUGUUGGCGGUGUCUGGAAUGACACACUGUACCCCAAACAGGGCACUACUUUCACUAGAGCUUUUGACUUGGGCCCUGAUUAAAACUAAUGUGGAAAAAGGGUGCCAUUUGAGAUUUGUUCUCUCCUUCUCCAGACCACUCUCUGCAACACAGCCCUUGAUAACCCUACAUUCCGCAGCAAGGACCAAAUGAUCACCGCUGCCCUCAAGUAUCUGGAGACUGACACUAUCUGGUACGCAGAGGUCUUCAUAGUAGCAUAGGGUUUUAGUUUCUGGUGAAUAAAAGUAACCUGCCUAACAUAGGACCAAUAUGAUACACAGAUUCUCUCCAUCAGAUCAUUAAUGUGCAUGAUUGUGUAGAAAUUAUAACUCUGUGAUUAUGUUUUCUGCUUGUAGUUACAGAGUUGAGGAGCCUCCAUCUUUAGUGGAGCUUCAGAAUAAUGAAUGGGACCCUGUGCUGAACUGGAUUGAAGACAGGUUAGUUUCACUUUAACAUGAUCAUUGACUCAUUUGCUGUGAGGUACCUUACUAGAAGUUCACUGGACACGUCUACUUAUUUGCAUGUCAUCGUCAGCAAAGGAGGGAAACAGAUUUGUUGCAUUGUCUUGAGAGUACUUUAAUUAAUGUUUUCCUCUUGCAGGUACAACGUAGUCAUUGGCUCCUCUACCAAUAUACUGGGACCAGAGAUCCCACAGGCAACGAUGAAUACUUUCCGCCAGCACCUGGGUUCCUAUAACUUCUGGUCCCUGACAGGUAAAAACAGCUAAAAGACUCAUUAGAGAUACUCCCAUCCCGUGCACAUGUGCAAAUUCUGAACUGUGUGUGGGUGCUAAAGGAAUCAGCCUCUUGCCUAGACCAAUGGAGAGAGAAUCCUCAGAAGUUGCACCGCUGUUCAUGAUCACAUCAUAUUGCUGAGUCUCAGUUAAAUAGACAGUACACGACUGCACUAAUACUAUUUGCAUGUCCUGUGUGUAGGACUGGAGUAUGUGAUCACCCAGCUGAAGUCAGUGGUGCUGGCAUUUGCAUUGAUUGACAAACACAUUACAGUGGAGCAGGCCGUGCUGCUGUCACGACUAGAGGAGGAGUUCCAGGUAUGAACUCGCCACAGAAUCAAUACAUAUACAGAGAUUAGAAAAGCAUCUUGGCUAUGUAUUCAAUCUCCCUGUCUGUUUCUGUCUCUUCAUCUCUUACUAAUGAUUUAUUUUCCCUUCUCUCUCUUUCCCCUCUCCACAGAUCGGGCAUUGGGGAAACGUAGAGUGGGCUCAUGAUGUUGACCUGUAUGAGCUGAGGGCACGUACAGCAGCAGGGGCUCUGUUUGUACAUUUCUCCUCCGAGAGUUCAACGGUCAAACGCAAACUCAUGCAAGACUAA